AUGUCGGGACGACGCGACUUUCUCAACCAGCCAGCUCCUGAGAACUAUGUUGCUGGUCUUGGACGAGGCGCAACAGGUUUCACGACACGAUCCGAUCUUGGUCCGGCUAGGGACGGUCCCAGCGAAGAUCAGAUCAAGGAGGCCCUUGCGAAGCGCGCCGCUCAGCUUGGCCUCGCGCCAGACAAGAAGGGAAAGGAGAAGGAAAAGGAGGACGAGGGCGGCGACGACGAUGAUCGAUACCAAGACCCCGACAACGAGGUUGGACUGUUCGCCGGCGGCGUGUACGACAAAGAUGACGAGGAGGCCGAUCGGAUAUGGGAAUGGGUAGACGAGAGGAUGGACCGAAGAAAAAAGCAGCGAGAGGCGCGAGAGCAGGCGGAGAAGGACGAGUACGAACGCAACAACCCCAAGAUUCAACAGCAGUUUUCCGACUUGAAACGCGCCCUAGCGAGCGUCACGGACGACGAGUGGGCGAACCUGCCCGAGGUUGGCGAUCUGACUGGAAAGAACCGACGUAGCAAGCAGGCGCUGCGACAGAGAUUCUAUGCUGUGCCCGACAGCGUUCUUGCGGCGGCACGCGACUCGACCGAGAUGGGCACAACUGUUAUGGACGAGGGCACAGCAUCUAGCUCUGGUGACGCUUCGGACGGGACCAUGACAAACUUUGCUAAGAUCGGAGCAGCUCGAGACAAGGUGCUCAAGUCUAGGCUAGAGCAGGCUGGCACAGACUCGGUUGCUGGAGGCACUUCGACGAGCAUCGAUCCUCAGGGCUACCUCACGAGCCUCAACAAGAUGCAGAUGAGUGAAGCGCAGGCCCAAGUUGGAGACAUCAACCGUGUGCGCGAGCUGCUGCAGUCGGUUGUCAAGACGAACCCUACAAAUGCGCUUGGCUGGAUCGCUGCUGCACGACUGGAAGAGCUGGCAGGCAAGAUUGUUACGGCACGAAAGACGAUCGACAAGGGCUGCACGCAAUGUCCCAAGAGUGAGGAUGCAUGGCUAGAGAACAUUCGACUCAACAACGACUCCCCCAACGCAAAGAUUAUUGCUCGUAGAGCUAUCGAGGCGAACAACACUUCAGUAAGGCUAUGGGUGGAGGCUAUGAGGUUGGAGACGCUCCCUGGCAACAAGAAGCGAGUUAUUCGGCAAGCUCUGGACCACAUCCCCGAGUCAGAGGCUUUGUGGAAGGAGGCUGUCAACUUGGAGGAGAACCCAGAUGAUGCCAAGUUGCUCCUUGCCAAGGCAACAGAGCUCAUUCCUCUAUCGGUUGACCUGUGGCUGGCUCUGGCCCGUCUGGAAACGCCCGAGAACGCCCAAAAGGUCCUGAACAGAGCUCGAAAAGCUUGCCCGACAUCACACGAAAUCUGGAUUGCGGCCGCGCGACUGCAAGAGCAGCUCGGCCAAGGAAACAAGGUCAAUGUUAUCAAGCGUGCCGUCCAGGUCCUCGCAAAGGAGUCCGCCAUGCCCAAGCGUGAAGAGUGGAUCGCUGAGGCUGAGCGGUGCGAGGAGGAGGGUGCCAUUAUUACCUGUGAGAAUAUCGUUCGAGAGACCCUUGGUUGGAGUCUAGACGAAGACGAUGAUCGCAAGGAUACGUGGAUGGAGGACGCAAGGGCGAGCAUCAACCGAGGCAAAUAUGAGACUGCUAGGGCAAUCUAUGCCUACGCCUUGCGAGUGUUUGUCAACAGCAAGACGAUGUGGAUGGCUGCAGCCGACCUGGAGAGGAAUCAUGGCUCUCGAGAGUCGCUCUGGCAGGUGCUGGAGAAGGCUGUCGAGGCAUGCCCCAAGAGCGAGGACCUGUGGAUGAUGCUGGCCAAGGAGAAGUGGCAAGCGGGAGAGGUGGACAACGCUCGACUUGUGCUCAAGCGAGCCUUCAACCAGAACCCCAACAACGAGGAUAUCUGGCUGGCUGCCGUUAAGCUCGAGUCGGAGAAUGGCAACGCGGAGCAGGCGCGGAAGCUGUUGGAAAUUGCCCGUGAGCAGGCCCCGACAGAUCGUGUAUGGAUGAAGAGCGUGGUGUUUGAACGGGUGUUGGGCAAUGUCGAGGCAGCCCUUGACCUUGUUCUACAGGCUCUUCAGCUCUUCCCGGCGGCAGCCAAGCUAUGGAUGCUCAAGGGCCAGAUCUACGGCGACCUAGGCAAGCUGGGCCAGGCGAGAGAAGCUUACGCGACCGGAGUCAAGGCGGUGCCCAAGUCUGUGCCUCUGUGGCUUCUAUACGCUCGCCUCGAGGAGAAUGCCGGUCUUACCGUCAAGGCUCGAUCAGUGCUCGAUCGUGCUCGACUGGCAGUACCAAAGAAUGCGCAACUGUGGUGCGAGUCAGUACGACUGGAACGGCGAGCGGGCAACCUAGCCCAGGCCAAGUCAAUGAUGGCUAAGGCGCAACAAGAGGUGCCCAAGAGCGGACUGCUCUGGGAGGAGCAGAUCUGGCACCUCGAGCCGCGGACACAGCGCAAACCUCGCAGUCUCGAAGCCAUCAAGAAGGUGGACAGCGACCCGAUACUGUUUGUGGCUGUGGCCCGCAUCUUCUGGGGCGACCGCAAGCUGGACAAGGCGCAGAACUGGUUCGAAAAGGCCCUGGUGCUGGACAGCGAUUGCGGCGACUCGUGGGCGUGGUACUACAGGUUCCUGUGCCAACACGGCACCGAAGAGAAGCGGGCGGAUGUGGUGACCAAGUGCGUGCUCAAUGAGCCACGGCACGGCGAGGCGUGGCAAGCUGUAGCCAAGAAGCCUGAGAACGCUAGGAAGAGCUGUGAGGAGAUUCUCAAGAUGGUUGCUGCGGAGCUGGAGUAG